AUGGUCGAGUUCGUUGUUAGGGAUCCUCCCAAGAAAGUUAUUGAAUCCGAUGAACCGCUUAGUAAAGAUGUUAUUCGAGCAGUCAUAGCGUCUGGUUGCUCUUACACAAAUUGUCCAGAAAUAUUAACUAAUAUCCAUCGUAAACGAACCGUCGUUCGGUCAUUAGCUGUUGGUCCCGAAAUGGUAUGUGAAGAAUGUGGAUAUUUCUGUUUUGAAGUUGGUGGAGAACGAUACGAAAUAGAGAUGCCGAUUAUUAAAAACAAUGGCUUUGACCUUAUCUCUAUUACAGACCAUGAUAUUAUUAUAGAGAAUGGAUUCGACUUGCGUCGAACUGAAAUGGGUUUACAAUUGAUUAAAGGGAACUUAGUUAUACCUACAGUAAAAAUUGGUAAGUUAUCUUACUUGGAAUUCUCUCCGAAAGAUGGAAUGGGGAUUCUCAAGAAUAUCAAUUUUCCAAGAAGAGACAUUAGGGUGCUAACCUAUAGUUGUACAAUUUUGAGGACUGAGGAUACAGAAGAUGAGAAUGCUCUUAACUGA